AGUAAGUAGCAAUCAAAUGUGCUAGACUGGUGAAAGCAGUGGAAAGGACGAUAAAAGUUUCUUCUAUUUAGGAAAAAAGCUAAAAGAAGAAUGGUAAAAGAAGCAGUGAAGGAGAAGAAGGGGAGUCCACAGGAUGUGGAGAUGAAGGACGCAGACUCCGUACCUAACGGAGAUGUUCCCGAGAAGGGGAAAAAGGAGACGGACCAACUCACGCUCGAAGAUAUCAGAGAGCAGGUGAAGUUGAUAGAGAAGGGUGUGAAUGGGAAGGAGCCGAGGUUUGUUUCCCGCGUCCUGUGGUCCUUCUCCGCUACCCGACGCCGCCUGAACCACAGCGUUCUGCGCCGACUCAUCAACGCGUACUUCCCAAGUACCAACAUGGCUGCAAAGGAGGCCUUGCAACAGUAUCUGGAUGAGCCCAUGGACACAGAGAGCCAUGCCAGCACCCCGUCUAGUUCUGUGUCCACCCCUAGCACCCGGCCGCGCAGCUCGCGCCCCCCUCCCACCUAUGUCCCAGAGGUGGAGGUGUAUAUCCAGCUACUGGUCGUCGUUCAUCUCAUCGACACAAAACGCUUGGAUGAUGCCUUGCAGUGCUCAGAAUCGCUGGUACAGAAGAUCAUUGGUCUCAACAGAAGGUCCAUGGAUGCCCUGGCUGCCAAGUCUCUGUUCUACCAUGCCAGAGUCUAUGAACUCAUGGGACAGCUCAGCCAAGUUAGAAGUUUCCUGAACUCCCGCCUGCGUACGUCGACCAUCCACGUGGACAGCCACUCCCAAGCCAUGUUACUGAACCUGCUGCUGCGGAACUACCUACACUACAACCUGUACGACCAGGCUGCCAAACUGGUCAGCAAGAGCACCUUCCCUGAGACUGCCAACAACAACGAGUGGGCUCGCUUCUUGUACUAUAUAGGUCGUAUCAAGGCUAUCCAGCUGGAGUACUCGGCAGCCCAUGGUCACCUGACCGAGGCCCUGAGAAAGGCUCCGACCUCCGCAGCAGUGGGCUUCAAACAGACAGUGAGUAAACUGGCCAUCACAGUUGAGUUGUUACUGGGAGAGAUCCCUGAGCGCUCACAGUUCAUCUCUCCUGCCAUGAAGAGAUCGCUCGCACCGUACUUCCAACUCACACAAGCUGUACGCACGGGAAAUCUGGCCAAGUUUAACGAAGUGUUGGAGAAGUACGGGGACAGGUUCCAGGCAGACAACACCUGGACACUGAUCAUCAGACUCAGACAUAAUGUCAUCAAGACAGGUGUCCGGAUGAUCAGCCUGUCGUACUCGCGUAUCUCCUUGGCAGACAUCGCACAGAAGCUUCAGCUGGACAGUCCUGAGGAUGCAGAAUUCAUAGUUGCCAAGGCCAUAAGGGAUGGCGUCAUCGAGGCCACCAUCGACCAUGAGAAGGGUUAUGUGCAGUCCAAGGAAAACACUGACAUCUACAGCACACGGGAGCCACAACUCGCCUUCCACCAGCGAAUCAGCUUCUGCCUGGACAUUCACAACCAGUCUGUGAAGGCCAUGCGCUUCCCACCAAAAUCCUACAGCAAAGAUCUGGAGUCUGCCGAGGAACAGCGAGAGCGGGAGCGUCAGGACCUGGAACUAGCCAAGGAGAUAGCCGACGAUGAAGACGACUUCUAGACAAACAGGACAGAGUUGUACAUAUGCCUGAGCUUAGUCAGAGGAAAAUUCUAGCAAUAGUCCACAAGAUUUCUAAAUUUAAGGCUUCAAAUGGCCACCUAAAUUGUGUAAACGUCUUUUGAAUAUUCCAUCGUCUUCUAGCCUUUUCUUUCAGUUUGACAGGAAUUGUUUCUGUUGUAAACUAAAGGCUUUAAGAUUUGCAGUCAAACACCUAAUACAUGUUUGUUAUCCUUUGCAUACAAUUGUAGGUAGGUACAGCUUGAUUCAAGUGAUAGUUGCUUGCAUUUGAGUUAAGAUGUGUAACCUGUACCACACUUGAAAACAAGUACGAAUAUAAAGGAAUAUACAUCCAGAA